CACACACACACACACACGACAUGACCUGGACCACACUGCUGCUGAUGCUGCUGCUGCUGCUCGUGCUGCUGUUCUUCACGCUCACUCGGAGAUCCAGGCUGAAGAGAGAGCCACCUCUAGACAAAGGGAUUAUUCCUUGGUUGGGCCAUGCGCUGGAGUUUGGAAGAGAUGCUGCCAAGUUUCUUACUAGAAUGAAAUUGAAACAUGGCAACAUUUUUACUGUGCGUGCUGCAGGCCGCUAUGUGACCGUGCUGCUGGAUCCUCACUCCUACGAUGCUGUCCUCGGUGACUCUGAGUGCCUGGACUUCACGCGCUACGCGCAGGUGCUCAUGGACAGGAUCUUUAACCUGCAGCUCCCACUCGAUCAGCCUGCGAAAGCAAAGGAGACGAUGAAAAGGCACUUCCUUGGUAUGAACGCAGCCGCCCUCGACAGCAUUAUCAGCAGGCACCUGAGGGCCCUGCUGAAAGCCAAGACGCCUACGAACCAGAAAGACUGGAAAGAGGAAGGGCUGUUCCACCUCUGCUACAGCUUACUUUUUAAGGCGGGGUACCUGACGCUCUUUGGAGGAGAACAGAACAACAAUGGCGCCGAUCCCUCGAGUGUCUACGACGAGUACAAGAAGUUUGACGGCCUCCUGACUAAAAUGGCGAGGGGCACGUUGAGAGCAGAAGAGAAGAAGACCGCACACAGCGUUCGAAAGAGACUGUGCGAGCUUUUGGCUCCGGCAGGCCUGACAGAAGACCCGGAGUCAAGCCCCUGGCUCCACGCCUACCUGCAGCUCCUGCAGGAGGAGGGAAUCGACAGGGAGAUGCAGAAGAAAGCUGUACUGAUGCAACUUUGGGCCACACAGGGUAAUGUGGGUCCUGCUGCAUUCUGGCUGCUGGGCCACUUGUUGACAAAUCCCGAGGCUCUGACAGCAGUGAAGAAGGAGUUUAGCCAGAUUUCACAAAUGGAAACAACAGAGAUUCCUUUCAAGGACAAACCCGUGGAUACACCAGUGUUUGAUAGUGCCUUACAAGAAGCCCUCAGACUCACUGCUGCCCCCUUUAUCACCAGAGAGGUAGUGCAGGAAAAAUCCCUCCGCAUGGCUGACGGACAGGAGUACCUCCUGAGGAAAGGAGACAGGGUGUGUUUGUUCCCCUUCAUCAGCCCUCAGAUGGACCCUGAGGUCUACCAUGAGCCACAGAAAUUCAAACACAAUCGCUUCCUGAAUGAGGAUGGAUCCGUGAAAGAGAAUUUUUAUAAAGGAGGGAGGCGGCUGAAAUAUUACACCAUGCCAUGGGGGGCCGGGACCAACGGCUGUGUGGGAAAGCAGUUUGCCAUCAAUACCAUCAGACAGUUUGUUUACAAGUUUUUGACGAGCUUCGACUUGGAGCUCUGUGACCCAAACGCCUCAGUGCCAGAGAUAAAUGCCAGCCGUUAUGGAUUCGGGAUGCUCCAACCUGACGGAGACUUGCUUGUUCGAUAUAAACCUAAAAAUAAAGACUGAGAAAACCCGGAAGAACAAACAAUGUCAACAUUUCAA